GAAAAAAUUGGCUGGCGGAACGAUUCCCUGCACCUCCUGGUCUUUGUGAGUGAUGCUGAUUCUCAUUUUGGAAUGGACAGCAAACUGGCAGGCAUCGUCAUUCCUAAUGAUGGGCUUUGUCACUUGGACAGCAAGAAUGAGUACUCCAUGUCAACUGUCUUGGAAUAUCCUACGAUUGGACAACUUAUUGAUAAACUGGUACAAAACAACGUGUUAUUAAUCUUUGCUGUAACCCAGGAACAAGUUCAUUUAUAUGAGAACUAUGCAAAACUUAUCCCUGGAGCUACAGUAGGACUGCUUCACAAGGACUCUGGAAACAUUCUCCAGCUGAUCAUCUCGGCUUAUGAAGAACUGCGGUCUGAGGUGGAACUGGAAGUUUUAGGAGACACAGAAGGACUCAAUCUGUCAUUCACAGCUAUUUGUAACAACAAUACCCUCUUCCCCCACCAAAAGAAAUGCUCUCACAUGAAGGUGGGAGACACAGCUUCAUUCAGUGUGACUGUGAGUGUACCAAACUGCGAGAGAAAAAACAGGCACAUUGUCAUAAAGCCUGUGGGGCUGGGAGAUGCCCUAGAAAUACUCAUCAGUCCGGAAUGCAACUGUGACUGUCAGAAGGAAGUGGAAGUGAACAGCUCCAAAUGCCACAAUGGGAAUGGCUCCUUCCAGUGUGGGGUGUGUGCCUGCAACCCCGGCCACAUGGGUCCUCGCUGCGAGUGUGGCGAGGACAUGCUGAGUACAGAUUCCUGCAAGGAGACCCCAGAUCAUCCCUCAUGCAGCGGAAGGGGUGACUGCUACUGUGGGCAGUGCAUCUGCCACCUGUCUCCCUAUGGAAACAUUUAUGGGCCUUACUGCCAGUGUGACAAUUUCUCCUGUGUGAGACACAAAGGGCUGCUCUGUGGAGACAACGGUGACUGCGACUGCGGUGACUGCGUGUGCCGGAAUGGCUGGACUGGUGAGUACUGCAACUGCACAACCAGCACGGACUCGUGCGUCUCUGAAGAUGGAGUGCUCUGCAGUGGGCGAGGGGACUGCGUUUGUGGCAAGUGUGUUUGCACAAACCCUGGAGCCUCAGGACCAACCUGUGAACGAUGUCCUACCUGUGGUGACCCCUGUAACUCUAAACGGAGCUGCAUUGAAUGUCACCUGUCUGCAGAUGGCCAGGCCGGAGAAGAGUGCGUGGACAAAUGCAAACUAGCUGGUGCAACCAUCAGUGGAGAAGAUUUCUCAAAGGAUAGUUCUGUUUCCUGCUCUCUGCAGGGAGAAAAUGAAUGUCUUAUCACAUUCCUAAUAACUACAGAUAACGAGGGGAAAAACAUCAUUCAUAGUAUCAACGAAAAAGAUUGUCCAAAACCUCCAAACAUUCCCAUGAUCAUGUUGGGGGUUUCGCUGGCUAUUCUUCUCAUCGGGAUUGGCCUACUGUGCAUUUGGAAGCUGCUGGUGUCAUUUCAUGAUCGUAAAGAAGUUGCCAAAUUUGAAGCAGAACGAUCAAAGGCCAAGUGGCAAACGGGAACCAAUCCACUAUACAGAGGCUCUACUAGUACUUUUAAAAAUGUAACAUAUAAACACAGGGAAAAACAAAAGGUAGACAUUUCCACAGAUGGAUAGAAAUACUUUAUGCAUAGAAGAAGUCUGUUUCACUGAUAUGAAAUGUUAAUGCACUAUUUAAUUUUUCUUUCUUUGUUGCUUCAAAAGAGGUUGGUUUAAGAUAAUAACAGUUCUUUUGGAGAUCAGUCAUUCUCUGUAUGAAGGUGAGAGACUAUGUUGGCAGGUUCAAAAUACUUAAGAAGAGGAAUGUCCUUAGCAAAGAGGUGACUUUGGGGAUCAUUUGAGGAAUACUAGCUCUGUUGCAUUAAUGCCUCAAAAAAUCAUCAAAAUGAUUCAUGGGGGCCUGAUUUGAAUUUGAAAAAUGUUUGAAAUUAGAGUCUCAUUUGUUUCAGGAAUACAGCUACCUGAAGUCUUUGUCUCAGCAAAGUCACAAAGGCCAUAUGCUCACAUUGUAUACCCAUACUUGCCAAUUAAUUCUAAACUUACAGUAAAUCUGCCCUUUCCUGAAGGAGGAUUUUUUUAAAAGCCCAUGAGAAAUAAGAUUCUGAUUUUACUUAAGCUGAGAUGGUGCAGUUCUUCCAAAGAUAUCCCAAAUGUAAGAUUUAAAAUUAAUUGUAUUAAUAAUUUCUGUGAGUUUGUAUGCACCUCAGAGUCAGGUACACAAAAAAGUAUUUUAUUUGUUUUACAGAUGAAGAAGUAAUUUAUAAAUUAGGAACUCACCAGUUAAAA